AUGGUACGCCCAGCUGAAGAUCUGCCCAUUCGACGUUUGUGGCUCUCUAACUUGGACCUAAUACAUCCAAGAUUUUAUGCCCCUACAUUAUUACUUUACAGUCCAAAUGGUUCCUCCAAUUUCUUUGAAGCAAAAGCGCUUAAAGAGGCCCUAAGGAAAGUUCUUGUGCCAUUCUAUCCUGCGGCUGGGAGAUUGGCAAGAGAUGAAAAUGGUAGAAUUGAGAUAAACUGUAAUGGGGAAGGAGUAGUAUUCGUAGAGGCUGAAACAGAUUCUACCACGGCUGAGCUUGGUGACUUCGUACCUGGCACAGAAAUUCAGCAGCUCUAUCCAAUUGUUGAUACUUCAGGCGACAUCUCUUCUUGCCCACUCAUAGUCAUACAGGUAACUAAAUUCAAAUGUGGCAAAGUUUGUCUUGGAUUAGGGUGGCAUCACACCCUAGUAGAUGGUGCUGCAGCUUUACAUUUUCUCGACACAUGGACUGCUUUAGCGAGAAGCCUUCCCAUUACCAUUCCACCAUUUAUUGAUCGAACAAUCCUCCGAUGUCAAAUCCCACCAAAACCGACAUUCCCUCACAGAGAAUUUGAUCCUCCUCAUACCAUGAACACUCCUAUCAGAAAUUCCAAAUCCAAAUCCAUGGCAAACUUGAUGAAUGUCAUCCCAGAGGCCAAAUUAAGAGAACGAAUCCUCCUCCAGACCAACGCAGCCAAGAGAAUGAUUCUGACUGCUGCAAAAACGAAAGGUGGGGAUGGCGGUGCACCAUCAGAACGUGACGAUCAAUACCUCUCCGAUGAUACACCUGUAGUGGCACUUUCAACUGGAUGUGUUAAGGCCAUGGUAGUUAAUGAAUGUGACUCUACAAUGGGAUGUCAUUCCGACCAUGAUUUUCAACCUCCUUGUCCUAACAACAUUGUCGAUGCUUCAAAAGCUGUUUGGCAAGCUUUAGGAGUUCCUGAAAGCGACGGGGGUGACAUGGAUAUUUCCUGGUCUGAUGCUUGA